UUCUUACGAUGUGAUCGUGGAUGAAGAGCUGGGCGACAUCCAGCUGGUCAAGAUCGAGAAGCGCAAGUACUGGCUGCACGACGACUGGUACCUGAAGUACAUCACACUGAAGACGCCCUACGGCGACUACAUCGAGUUCCCCUGCUACCGCUGGAUCACCGGGGAGGGCGAGGUGGUGCUGCGAGACGGGCGCGCAAAGUUGGCCCGCGAUGACCAAAUUCACAUUCUCAAGCAGCACAGACGUAAAGAACUGGAAACCCGGCAGAAGCAGUACAGGUGGAUGGAAUGGAACCCUGGAUUCCCCUUGAGCAUCGAUGCCAAAUGCCACAAGGAUUUACCUCGUGACAUCCAGUUUGAUAGUGAGAAAGGAGUGGACUUUGUCCUGAACUACUCAAAAGCGAUGGAGAACCUGUUCAUCAACCGCUUCAUGCACAUGUUCCAGUCAUCCUGGAGCGACUUUGCUGACUUCGAAAAAAUCUUCGUGAAGAUCAGCAACACUAUUUCUGAGCGGGUCAUGAACCACUGGCAGGAAGACCUCAUGUUCGGCUACCAGUUCCUGAACGGCUGCAACCCCGUGCUGAUCCAGCGCUGCACCAAGCUGCCCGAGAAGCUGCCAGUGACCACGGAGAUGGUGGAGUGCAGCCUGGAGCGGCAGCUCACUCUGGAGCAGGAGGUCGAGCAAGGGAACAUCUUCAUCGUGGACUUUGAGCUGCUGGAUGGCGUCGAUGCCAACAAGACAGACCCCUGCACGCUGCAGUUCCUGGCCGCACCCAUCUGCCUGCUGUACAAGAACCUGGCCAACAAGAUGACCCCCAUUGCCAUCCAGCUCAACCAAGUCCCAGGAGACGAAAACCCCAUUUUCCUUCCUUCCGAUGCAAAAUAUGACUGGCUUCUGGCCAAAAUCUGGGUGCGCUCCUGUGACUUCCACGUCCACCAGACCAUCACUCACCUCCUGCGCACACACCUGGUGUCCGAAGUCUUCGGCAUCGCCAUGUACCGCCAGCUGCCCGCUGUGCACCCCAUUUUUAAGCUCCUGGUGGCACACGUGCGGUUCACCAUCGCCAUCAACACCAAGGCCCGUGAGCAGCUCAUCUGCGAGUACGGCCUCUUUGACAAGGCCAACGCCACAGGGGGUGGCGGGCACGUGCAGAUGGUGCAGAAGGCCAUGCAGGACCUUACCUACACCUCCCUGUGCUUCCCUGAGGCCAUCAAGGCCCGGGGCAUGGACAGCACCGAGGACAUCCCCUACUACUUCUACCGGGAUGACGGGCUCCUGGUGUGGGACGCUAUCAAGGCGUUCACAGCCGACGUGGUGGACAUCUACUACGAGAGCGACCAGGUGGUGGUGGAGGACCAGGAGCUGCAGGACUUCGUGAAGGACGUGUAUGUGUACGGCAUGCGGGGCAAGAAGGCGUCAGGUUUCCCCAAGUCCGUCAAGACCAGGGAGAAGCUGUCUGAGUACCUGACGGUGGUGAUCUUCACGGCCUCAGCCCAGCAUGCAGCAGUGAACUUCGGCCAGUAUGACUGGUGUUCCUGGAUCCCCAAUGCCCCCCCAACCAUGCGAGCCCCGCCACCCACGGCAAAGGGUGUGGUCACCAUUGAGCAGAUUGUGGAAACACUGCCAGACCGAGGCCGCUCCUGCUGGCAUCUGGGCGCAGUGUGGGCGCUGAGCCAGUUUCAAGAAAAUGAGCUGUUCCUGGGCAUGUACCCAGAGGAGCAUUUCAUAGAGAAACCAGUCAAGGAGGCCAUGACCCGAUUCCGCAAGAACCUGGACGCCAUCGUCAGCGUGAUUGCCGAGCGCAACAAGAACAAGAAGCUGCCCUAUUACUACCUGUCUCCAGACCGGAUCCCCAACAGCGUUGCCAUAUGAGCGGCUGCCUGAGCCAGUGGCACUCCAGGGCCGCCUGCUCCAGGUUUUGUUCGGCACCCAGACUCCAGCCUGUUCGGGCGGGGGGCUCACAGGGCGGCCCUGGGGCAGGCCUCCUGGCAUCUCUUUCUCCCACACCUACCAGGAUUCCUGGGGAUUUUGCCCUCAGGCCCCAGGCUGACUGGCUUCAAACCAAAGGCUGCCCAGGGUGGGCAACAGCAUAGCUAAGCUUCAGUGCCCCUUCCUUUUUCAUUCCUCAGUCUUGAGCGAACCCCAUACUCUGAUCGAGAUGUGGAGACACUGCAGGGGCCCCUCCUCGCAGAGCAGGAUGGUGCAACUUCCUGCCUCGCCUAGCUCGGCGCCUCUGCCCCAGCCAAGCAGGACAACUGUGGGCGCUGCUUCUUGCUGGAGACAUGGAAUGGUUGUUUUCUGUUCUAUUUAUGCUUAGUUCAAUUUCUUGUGUGUAGGACAUGCCCAAAUAAGUUCUUGUUGAAUUAAGAAUUGGUUGUCAUAAAAAUAAAGUUCAUUUAAAACAG